GUUCAAUUUGUUCCCAGAGGCACACGUUUUGAUAAUCACACAGAAUAAAAAAAAAAAGGACCAACUUCAUUGACUUUCACCAUUGGUUCAUGACUUCAACUUACAGAAUUAACUAUCAGUUGCGUCAACAUAAACGGGAUGGCUUGAUUGAGUUUAUUAAACUGACACUUUCAACUUCGUUUGUUCUAUAUGAUGAAGCCGCUGAUGCUGAUAUAUCGUCCAGUGCAGACGAGAAGUCAGCACUUGUUCGAUCCAAAGAACGAUAUGCAGAAGUUAUGUCAGGCGUUGAGAAAUUGAUCAAUGACCACAUUGAAAUGCAAAAGCUAGGUGCACCCGAACAUUCUCGACUCCACCGACUCGUGCCGACUGUCUCCACAUUCUGCACACCGCUGCCCCUCCGGAAAGCAUUUUUACUUGCCGAUGCCCAGCAUACAAUAUCGGCCAGACGCUUUGUGUCUCCUAGUUUUAAUGACAUUCGCCGUAUCCUCAAUACUGCACAAGUAUGCGCUAUUGCACCCACAUUGAGUCUCAUUACGUUCGACGGGGAUAUGACACUAUAUGACGAUGGCAAAGACUUUGAACAGGAUUCGACUUUAGUGACAUUAAUCAUCCAACUUUUAUCGUUCGAUAUUAAUGUAGCGGUGGUGACAGCAGCCGGGUAUACAGAGAAUGCAGAAAGUCGAUACGAGAGCCGAUUAUCUGGAUUGCUUCAUGGAUUCCAGCUCAGUGGCCUGACCAACGCCCAGUUGGGGCGAUUCCAUGUGCUUGGUGGUGAAUGCAAUUAUUUGUUUCAACUCGGAGAUGAUUACCACCUUCAUUUCGUCCCUCAAGAAGUGUAUCAGCCGGAACAAGUUCGAGCUUGGUCGCAGAAUACCACAGAAAUUGAUGCGGUGUUAGACAUUGCCCAAGCUAAUAUUCAAAAGUGCGUGCAAGAAAUGAACCUUCCAGCUAUGGUGAUCCGGAAAACGAAAGCAGUUGGCCUCGUGCCGCAGCCCGGAGCUACCAUACUCAGAGAAAUCUUGGAUGAAGUGGUUCUCUCCACGCAACAUCAUUUGUUGCGUUACCAACGCUCGCCCUCUGUACUCCAGGCCCCUCUGCCGUUUUGUUGUUUUAAUGGCGGCAGCGAUGUCUGGGUUGAUAUCGGCAAUAAGUUGAUCGGUGUGCAGAUGCUCCAGGCUUAUCUCAACGCCAAACCAGAGGAAACCCUUCACGUCGGUGAUCAGUUCUUGUCAACGGGAAAUGACUAUGCGACACGCGCGUCCUGCUGCACUUUGUGGAUUAUCAACCCCCAAGAGACACAUGAGGCUUUAGUACAGCUGACUGAUAUCCUUGAAAAGCAAAAGUAGACAAUGUAGCGGGGAAUUGAGGCGUUUCUAUUAAACACUUAUCGGUGGCAGGAGACAAUUGCAAAGGCGAUGCUAUACGUUCUUCAUGUUUCAAACAAAGAAAUUUUAUGACAAUGUAACAAAACUUUGCUAUUCUCUUUUCAAAAGAAAAGAUGAAAACAGUACGAAUAUGAAGCGUUAUUAUACGAAUUUUUUGUGUCCUUUUUUUUUUUUCAAUGCCAUGCAGUGUGCAUUCUACUGUCGCUAUGCACUGACAUCUCAUUCUUCUUAUAUUCGUUCAAUUCCUUUCGUA